AUGGCCGCUGUUGUAGCGCCGCCCCCUGCACACACGUUCGAGAGGUUGAACCUCGUUCGUUCGCAUACUCUGUCAUUUAAAGAUACCAAGCGACCACCAGAUGGCCCUGAAAAAGUGCGAUUUAUACACGAUGAGGGGCUGGAUACUGGCGCUCGUAUUCUAAGUGAUGGCCGAUUAGAUAUCCAUAUUGACCAGCAUAAACCGAGCAUCGCAGGGCUAUUGAACCGCAUCCAACGCCCGGAUGUACAUCCUGACCAAGAUGCCGAACAAAUCGCCGAAGAAGGGAAGCCCUUCGCAAAGGAUGAGCCUUAUCCACUGCACUUGAAUAUCGUCAUCCAAGUAAUUGGCUCUCGGGGCGACAUUCAACCGUUCGUUGCGUUAGGGUGCGAACUGAAAUCCAACGGUCACCGAGUAAGAUUGGCCACACAUUUAACUUUCCGGCAAUUCGUUCUCGAUAGUGGCCUCGAGUUCUUCAAUAUCGGAGGAGAUCCAACGGAGCUGAUGGCUUUCAUGGUAAAAAACCCUGGCCUUUUACCGGGGUUCAAAGCAAUACGCAGCGGAGAAAUCCAAAAGCGUCGGCGUGAGAUGAGGGAAAUUUUCAAUGGAUGUUGGAGAUCUUGCUUUGAAAAGGGUGAUGGGACUCAUCUUCACCAGAUCAAAGAAGACCCAUUCGACAAAGCUCUGGAUUUUCGAGAACGGCCUUUCGUGGCGGACGCUAUUAUAGCCAAUCCUCCGAGCCUAGCCCAUAUUCAUUGCGCGCAACGACUAGGAAUUCCUCUCCAUAUUAUAUUCACGAUGCCCUGGUCGCCAACUCAAUCAUUUCCCCACCCAUUAGCCAAUGUUCAUUCCCAGAACUGCAGGCCGACCAUUGCAAAUUUCAUGUCAUAUAACAUUGUAGAUGUGAUGGUAUGGGAAGGACUGGGAGAUAUUCUGAACACACUUCGCAAAAAUACCCUAUCCCUCGAACCUAUGGACACAAUGACCGCCUCGAAUAUACUCCACCGACUACAAGUGCCGCAUACUUAUCUCUGGUCUCCUUCGUUACUACCUAAGCCUCCUGAUUGGCCUGAGAACAUCGAUGUCUGUGGCUUUGGCUUCCUCAUGCCAGAGAGCAACUACACGCCACCUCCGGAAAUCGCUUCAUUUCUUGCUUCAGGACCAAAACCAAUAUAUAUCGGAUUCGGCUCCAUCGUAGUUGAUAAUCCUGCCAAAUUGACAAAGAUUGUAUUUGAAGCAGUCAAAAAAACCGGUCAGCGGGCCCUUGUCUCGAAAGGUUGGGGAAACCUCGGAGCAGACGAAGUGCCGGAAAACAUUCUCAUGAUCGGAAACUGCCCUCACGAUUGGCUCUUUCGGCAAGUUUCAUGUGUGAUUCAUCACGGUGGCGCUGGCACUACUGCGGCAGGUCUAGCCCUAGGCCGACCGACGAUAAUUAUCCCAUUUUUCGGAGACCAGCAAUUUUGGGGAAGUAUCGUUGCGCGGGCCGGAGCUGGCCCGGCACCAAUCCCAUAUAAACAACUGAAUACCCAGAAUCUCUCAGAUGGGAUACGGAAAGCGCUGGAGACGAGUACAAUGGAUAGAGCACAGGCUAUUGCGACGAAAAUGGAAGAAGAGUCUGGCGUGCGCCAUGGGGUGAGAAGCUUUUAUCGAAAUCUUGAUCCUCAACUAUCCAGAUGCGCUAUACUUCGGAAUCACCCAGCUGCUUGGCAUCUCAAACAUACUGACAUUAACUUGAGUGCCUUUGCGGCAACUCUCUUGGUGAAAUCUGGGAAGCUUAGUCCGGAAAUGCUCGUGCUUCACCGUCCUAUGGAAUACGAUACAUUCAUGGACCCCGCUAACCCACUUUCUGCUGGUGCCCAGGUGCUCUUUGGAGCCCUUACGAGCUUCAUAGCUGGCUUUGUUGAUGUUCCAAGAGAGAUUGGGAGUGAUCUUGUUACUGCUUUUCGCGCAAUAACUCACCCCCGCCAAAAUUAUGAGCGCCGCGCAGCAUGCCGGGCAGCAGCAGAGUCGUCACUGGAUGCAACAGUCCCAGAUGACAGUAUUGGGAACGAAGAAACAAGUACUAGUACUAAUACUGAAAAUGAAGUCCAGCCAUCACGAAAUGAGAAUUAUGAACAGGGCCCUGGAGAGAGUCUAGAUGAAAGUACAGGGGAAGACACUGGUGAUGAGAACGAUGAGGACGGUGGCGGAGGCCAUGUCAACGAAAUCGAUCGAGGUCAGAGCAAGGAGCGCAAAAGGUCUCUUCAACUUAAAACGGCGAAACCAAUGAGCAGCACAUUGACACCCUCGAAACCACCCAGAUUCAUAUUUUUGCACGAAUCUGUGCUGCAAGGAAAGAAGAUGUCCAAGAAGUUUGCGAAGGUGGUUAUACGGUUACCAGCCGAUUUUUCAUUGGGCAUGACCAGAGGAUUCCACAACGCUCCCAAGUUAUAUCACGAUUCGACAGUAACUGAAAACCCCCAAGUGGUCAGUCUUCGAACCGGGUUCUCAGCGGCAGGAGAGGAGCUCCGAGACGGUUUCUAUUACAGUAUCAAAGGCAUAGGAACUCAUCCACGCGAUGGUUUCAAGAAAGAAGGUGUUAAGGGGAUUUUCAAGGGGGCCGGGAAAGCAGUGGGAGGGUUGUUUCUCAAGCCAGCAGCAGGGCUAUGGGGUAUAGCAGGAUAUCCAUUGAGUGGGAUGCUUCGAGACAUCAACGACUCGCUGGGCAGACAUCAGAAAUGCAUGAUUAUCCUGGGUCGUAUUUCACAGGGAGUCGAAGAAAUGCGAGAGUCCACGGCCCAGGAAAGGGCAGAAGUAUACAAG